CGCACUACAUCGCAAAACAAACUCUACGUCGACUCACCCAUUCUCGCCUCUUCACCACCGCCCCUCAUUUUCGCCAAUUGGGACAUGAAUUCUUUCAGAGCCGUUAGUAGGAUCGCCCUCAGAGUGAAGCCCACUAGGGCACUUCUUGCUCCCCGCAGGAACUACGCCGAGGCUGCGGGACCGGCUGAUAAGAUUCGGCUGUCAUUGGCGCUCCCUCAUCAGACUAUCUACAAAGCUUCAGAUGUUAUUCAGGUCAACAUCCCCGCCGAAUCCGGCGACAUGGGUAUUCUCGCCAACCACGUCCCAUCGAUUGAGCAGCUCCGACCCGGCGUAAUUGAUAUCAUCGAGGAGGGUGCUGGCAGCAAGCAAUUCUUCUUAUCCGGUGGCUUCGCAGUCGUCCAGCCAGACUCUCAACUGAGUAUAAACGCCGUCGAAGCCUUCCCUCUGGAAGACUUUAGCCCCGAGGCUGUACGUGCCCAGAUUGCCGAGGCGCAGAGGAUUGCCAACGGAAGCGGUACUGAACAAGAUAUUGUAGAGGCCAAGGUUGAACUCGAGGUUCUCGAAACCCUCCAGGCAGCUUUGAAAUAGCCUGUCGAGGGGGAGUCCGCUGGUGGGCUCUGGGAGUUCCUUGACUUCUUUCGUUUUUCGCCCUCUCUUUCUGUUUAUCCUUCCUCACUUUUACCACUAUGAUACUCCAUUCCCAACCUUUCCCCCGGAACAAAACAUGUAUAGAAAAAAUCAUGGGAAGAGAAUAAGAAGGGAGGGAAUGGGGGAAUGGGGAAACUGUAAACCCCUUAAAAAGAUCCAAUCCUUUACGUAUACCAUACCACACCA